AUGUUUUCCGCAUUCACGGGCAGGUCGCCAGCUCCCGCUGCCGCACCCGCUGAUGGCAGUGCUCCCGUAGUGGAGGAGCAUCCGAGCGAUGGAAACAAGCUAUCGACCUUUCUCGGUAUCAUGAGAAAGUUCAUUGGUGUCGCAGAUCUCGCUUCCGUACGCUUCUCUCUUCCAUCGCAGCUCCUCGAGCCGACACCCAACCUCGAAUACUGGAACUAUCUCGAUGCGCCGAACGCCUUUGUUGCCAUUGGCACCGCGGACGAGCCGGUCGACCGCAUGCUGGAGGUGCUGCGGUUCUGGUUCACUAAGGAUUUGAAAUAUGCAAAGGGGAAGCCUUGCAAGCCAUAUAACUCUUGUUUGGGGGAGUUCUUCAGGUGUAACUGGGAAACCGAAGAUGAUGCCCCAAGGAUCAACACCAAGGCUCUAGAGGACGCCAUCAGCCGGCCAUCGAGCGUCAAAUCCGGCAGCUCCCGCGCCGCCUCGACAGUAUCCGUUCCCGCCACGAACCCAAAACCCUCGAAGCCCGUCCGGAUCUCGUACCUGACUGAGCAAACGUCUCACCACCCUCCCGUCAGCGCAUUCUACGUCGACUGCCCAGAGAAGGGCAUUCACGCCAAGGGAUUCGACCAGAUCACAGCCAAGUUCACCGGCACCUCGGUCAAGGUGAUGCCUGGCGAGCACAACCUCGGAAUUUUCAUCACGCUUGAGAGGAGAAACCACGAGACAUACCAGCUGACACACCCUCCCGCUCACCUUGGCGGUAUUCUCCGUGGUGCGCUAAGCGUGACGGUCGGCGAUAUGGCCUACGUCACCUGCCCGGAGACGAAGCUCAAGGCCAUUCUCCGCUACUACGACGAUGGAUGGCUGGGCCGGACCACGAACAAGGUCGAGGGCAUCAUUUUCAAGUACGAUCCUGAAAACGACGACAAGAUGCAGAUCAAGGAUGUACCGGUGGUGGAUAUCCUGGUGCGUCUCGGUGGUCCUUGGAAGGAGAAGGUGGUUUUCACAGUUGGCCCCAAGCCUUUGGACUCCCACCCCGCCGAUCAACAAGUAACCAUAAUCGACAUCGCCCCCCUCAACGUGGCCCCCAAGGUCCUCCCUCCCACCGAGCAGCAACUGCCCAACGAGUCUCUCACCCUCUGGGGCAAAGUGACGGAAGCGAUUCACGCCAGGCAAUUUUCUCGCGCCACCACGCUCAAGCAGGAGCUCGAGGAGGCUCAGAGAGAAAAGGCCCGCGAAAGAGAGCGGAAGGGGGAAAGCUGGCAGCCGGUCUUCUUCGUGACGGCGACCGAUAAGGCCGGUAAACCGGCACUGACGGAGAAGGGACGGGAGGUGCUCAAGAGGGCGCAGGUAGGGGAUUGGAGUAUGGAUGGGAUUCUUGACGAGGAUCAAGUUAAGGAGGCUGCCAAGGUCGCGGAUGUGGCCAAGGUUGCGGAGUAA